CGGACAAAUAUGCUCCAUGUUAACUUUUAGGAGUGUGCUAUGUUUUAUUAGUGCAAUUAAUAAUUUCUUUUGAACAAGUGGCAGCUGCCUUCCAGAAUCCAAAACGACUUCCUCCCAAGUGCAUCCUUCGGUGGUCGUAGCGGUAAAUAACAUUUUAAAAAUGUUGGACACACAAUUUUCGUCGCAAAAUGGUGGCGGAGCACCUGGAAUAUCAUUUAUUGUGGCCCCACCCGGAGCCGUAACUCCGGAACAUAACAAAUGGGUUGCAAAUGAACCGCCAAGGCAUGAAGGAAAAAAAAUACAAGUCGGUGAUAAUUUAACCACGAUGGACCGCGUCGUUAUUUGUGCAUCAGAAGUUUGUGCAACUGCAAUUCUUGUAUUUCUUGGAUGCGCUGGAUGCAUAAAUUUCGGUAUUCCUCCCACUCACUUACAGAUCUGUCUUACUUUUGGACUUGCUGUCAUGGUCUCAGUUCAGUGUUUUGGUCAUAUUUCUGGAUCUCAUAUUAACCCAGUAGUAACAGUAGCGGCCGCCACUUUAGGUAACAUUCCAUUAAUUCAAGUACCUAUUUAUUUCGUUGGCCAAAUGUUGGGAGCCCUGACUGGUUUUGGCUUAGUGAAGUUGGCCACCCCGACGGAAUAUUUCGAAACUAAUUCAACAAGUGUGGGCUUGUGUUCGCCAGCCCUCCACCCGGGAGUCACCCCCUUCCAGGGCCUUUUGAUCGAAUUUCUUAUUUCUCUAAUGCUCACACUUGUGUGUUGUGGAGUUUGGGACUGUAGAAACAACACAAAACACGAUUCCGUUCCAAUUAGAUUCGGGUUGACUAUCACUGUUUUGGCUUUAGUUGGGGUACCGUACGGUGGAGGGAACAUGAAUCCGGCGAGGAGUUUUGCUCCGGCGUUGAUAAAUGGAGACUGGGAAAAUCAUUGGAUUUAUUGGGUUGGCCCUUUAAGUGCUGGUUUCAUCGGUGCUCUGUUUUAUAGAUUCUUGUUUGGGAAAGAACCAGUCGAAGAUGAACAAGGAAAUGUCGCCGAAACUAUUGCUGUGAACGAUAAAGCUUAACUUAGUUUUAUGUUAUUACACAUUUUUUAAAUUAUUAAAAGCUGUGUUUUUGAAAUUUCGGCACAAUUGAGUUUUGUUAAAUACAUGUUGCAUAUAAUAUUAUGAUUAUAGUAUACUACUAUACACAUAAAUAGCUUAACUGUUGACGAAAAUAUUUAACCAAAUCUUUUUUAAUUAUCAAUAGUAAUAUCCCGAGUGCAUGUCAAAUUGUCGAUAAUUUAAAAUUAGAAUCAAUUUGGCAUGCACAAGGGAUAUUUUGAAGACUAUUUCCCGAACAAUAUUUACAAAAACCAUAUUUUCAUUAUGAGAAAUUAAAAUAAAAUAUUCACGUCAAUCAAAUUUUUCAAAUUUCUGGGAUUCUACAUAUCGAAUUGUCACCUAAUUUGAAUAAUUCUGAUUGGAUGAAUCUCAGAAAUUUAAAUGUUAUGAUUGGUUUAAAUUUUGUGAAGAAAUAGUCAAAAUUAUUGCACUUUAAAGGAUUGAAUAUUUUUGACAACA